AUGGCCCCCGAAAAAAGGCUGGUCCCCAAAAAUAUCGGUAAUCAUCUACUCUAUAUAAAGUAUGAUUCCUUAUCAUCGGAAGUUACUGAAUGUGCUGAUAUUAAUGAAUUGGAUUACCCUUUCAAGUCAUCAGCUUCUGGAGUUGAAGUGGUGGGUUCUUGUAAUGGUUUGAUUUGUAUCUUGAUUAAUUACAGUUUCCUUUAUAUUUGGAACCCAGCUACCAAUGAAUACAAGAUAUUACCCGAAACACCAGAUAUGAAUUAUUAUUGGAAGGAGACUUUGGGAACAUACGGCUUUGGUUAUGAUUGCAAUACAGAUGAUUACAAGGUGGUAAAAUUUUGGGUGCUUUUUAAUGGAGCUCUUCAUUGGUUAGUUGCAAGGCACGACGAUGAGGACUCAAACUUACUAAUCUCCUUCGAGAUCAACAGCAAGAAAUUCAAUGAACUGCAGCUACCAAAAGAGCGUUCGGAAGAUUACCGUUACUUUUUUUCGGCUUUGGGAGUGUUAGAAGGAUGCCUUUGUAAUUGCUCAUGA